AUGGUUCGUCUACGGCUGUCAUUCUUUGAGCUUUUGCUCCUCGCCGCAUUGACCGUCCUCUGCCAAGCCCAAUAUCGAGGUGGUCCGGAUCGUGGGAAUGACCGGUCGAGGCAUUAUUGCAGGCUGUGGAGGCAUGCCAGUGUUUUGGCCGGGUCAAAGAUCUUUAUCGAUGGAGGCAACGCACUCAUGCCUUGGGAGAGAGACGGGGGGUCUAACGGUUCAUCAACUUCAAGGUGGUACAGAGGCACCAAUAAUAACCUACUCGUGUUGGACGUCGGCAAGAACUUCUCUGCCGAGGACCCGCACCUCUUCAAGCAGAUCCGCAAGACCGACCCAAACGUCCCGAGGGCACUCAACGAGCACGCUUUAUGGUACUCCAAGACUCUCAACAAGAUUUACCAGCUUGGUGGCUGGGCCUCGUCAAUAGGUGACAGGGGUCGGGACUCCCCCAACCUGGCAGAGGUGCCAUCCCCUGGCAUCUGGGAGUUUGACAUAGUGUCUGAGAGGUGGACCAAGGCGGACGACGAGUUCGACAAGCGUAACACCGGCGACAAGAUUGAACGGUCAGGUUCUGCCUCGUACUGUGACGCGCCGUCCCUCGGGGUGAGCUUCUUGUUUGAGGGUUACGUCCAGCAGAGGUCAGACAAGGAAUAUGCCAACUAUGCCCCGUCCUCGGAUGUCAAGUACAUCAGUGGCAUGCUGGCGCUGGACACCAGCGAAGGCCUCUCGAAGCCGCGGCUGACAAACAUGUCCACACCGAGGUCCCUCGAUGGCGACAAGACUCACUUCGGCCCGCGGAUGAACGGCGGCAUGGUGCACAUCCCAGUUGGAGAAAAGGGCAUCCUGGUGCAGCUGGGCGGGCAUACCACCGAGGACUACCCGCAAUAUGGACAAAAGGUGUCUGGAGGAAGCACCAAAAACAAAAAUAUCGAUCUUUCUUUUGUGGACAUCUACGACAUUAGCAGCGGUUUCUGGUUCCACCAGCAGACUUUUGGCAUUCCCAACAUCCCGAGCGGCCGUUCCGACUUUUGCCUCGUCGCCGUGUCAGCCCCUGACGGCUCCUCGCACAACAUCUACAUGGUGUCCGGGAUGGACAACCCAGAGGACCGCUCCACCAAGUCAGAAAUCUGGGUCCUCACCCUCCCCAGCUUCAACUGGGUGCUGAUCGACGACAAGGCCCAGUCCAUCUAUGGGCACACCUGCCACGUGGUCGGCGACAACCUCGUCGUCAUCGGCGGAAUGGACGCGACCCGCGGCGGCGGCGGCAGAGGGGGCGAGCUGCAGCAGUGCGACGGCAGCAUGAUGGCUAGCAUCUUUUCGCUGCGGACGGGUUCGUACGUGCCCGAGUACGACGUUACCGGCGCAACCAGGACACCCCAGGUUCCCAUCAAGGUGGUCGAGGCCGUCGGCGGCAGCGCGACCGGCGGCGCCCACGUGAGAAGCCCCAGGAUCUGGAGCGACACGUACCUGCAGUACGUCUUCAACCCGCAGCUCAGCCGACCCGAGUACAAGCCGGGCUACAAGAACGCCGACGGGAGCGACCCUCCGGGUGAGAAGGUCGGUGGGGCAGGGCCCAUGGAGGAGCAGGGCAAGAAGCGGGCGAUUGUCGGCACGGUGGUCGGAGCCGUCUUUGGCGGCAUAUUGCUGAUCGCAUUGGCCGCCGGCGCGUUCGUUUUCAUCCGGCGCAGGAAGCGCAAGGAGCAGGAGAAGAAGGAUGAGAGCGACAGCGAGGGCCAGAAGCUGGAUGACUUGCACCACCAGCAACACCACGAGGCCGAGCUGCCGGCCUACAGCAGCGACAAGAACAGGCUUGUCGAGCUGGCGGCGCCGCCACCUCCCAGCGAGGUCGAGGGCUCACCGGGCCACAUACUGGCGGGGGAUAUGUCACGACCCAACACGGCGCGGACGGGUUACGGCAGCGUGGACUCGACUUUCCUCAGCAUGCAAAGCGUCCCGGUGAGGCAUGACGGACUGUCUGGAACAGGAGGCGGCGACAUGGUGGUAAGUGCCAUGACGUCGGAAAAUGGCAGUUGGCGACCGAUCGGCGGCGAAAGCCCUCCGCCUCUACCAGAAAAGAGUUUGGCGUUGCAGAGGGAAAUAUCCAAGCCGCAAUCGGUUGCGUCGUCGAUGAGGAGUAAGAAGACUGCGAUACAGAACCAUGGAUUUCUGUGA